UUGGUAGCCCUGAUGUCAAAACAAACGAAGGUCACUUGUCACAAGUUCGAAUGCAGUGGCGAACAGAACGCAUUAUCUUCUCGCAGCUGUUUCAAAGUAGCAUGGUGUCCGUACAUGUUCCGUCUUUAACCUUCAGCAAUGGCUACAAAAUGCCAGUUAUUGGUCUUGGCACUUGGAAGUCCAAACCUGGUGACGUACAAAGAGCGGUAGUUGACGCCAUCGACGCGGGAUACAGACAUUUAGAUUGCGCCUACAUGUACGGAAAUGAAUCAGAGGUGGGGGAGGGCGUGAAGCUGAAGGUUCAGGAAGGAGUCGUGCAGAGGGAGGACCUAUUCAUCACCAGCAAACUUUGGAACACAUUUCACAGACCUGACCUUGUGGUUUCUGCCUGCAAAAAAUCCCUGAGUCUCUUGGGCCUGGAAUACGUGGACCUUUAUCUCAUGCACUGGCCAUUUGCUUUCAAGGAAGACGGCGACCUGAUACCCACUGACGCUGAUGGUAACAUCGUAUUGAGCGAUGUGGACUACCUGGCCACGUGGCGGGAGAUGGAGACGUGUGUACAUCUGGGUCUGACCCACAGCAUCGGUCUGUCCAACUUUAACAGUCAGCAGAUAGAAAGACUGCUGGUCAGCGCCGAGGUUAAACCCGCCAAUCUCCAGAUCGAAUGUAACCCGUACCUGACGCAGAAAAAGCUGAUCAAUUUCUGUCAGUCGCGGGGCAUCGAGGUCACCGCGUACAGUCCCAUGGGUUCUCCCGACAGCCCCUACCUCAAGGCGGGAAUGCCUCGACUCCUGGAAGACCCCGGCCUGCACCAGGUGGCGCAUCGAGUUGGCAAAUCCGUGGGCCAAGUCGUGCUUCGGUACCUGGUGCAACAGGGAAUCUCAGCGGUCCCGAAAUCCGUAACCAAGUCACGAAUACAAGAAAACAUAAAUAUUUUCGACUUCGAGCUCAGUGACGCUGAUACGAGCUACAUCGAUUCUUUUAACCAGAAUCUUCGGAUUUGCCACAGGGAUCAUGCCAGAGGCCACAAGUUCUAUCCAUUCAACGUUGAAUUCUGAUGGCAAUAAUUUCACGUUACGUCGCAGCGUAAGAUAUUUUUUAUCAUCUACUUUCACCUAUUAUUUCUCUCUCUUUUCUUUAUCCCUUGUGGUUUAUCCAGUCUCUAACUCAACAUUUAUCUUUACAUCAACUUAGAGAAUAUCCUAGAUCACGUCUUUCAUAAUUGAAAAUUCUUCGCAAGUGUUGAAGAAAAUUCAUCAGUUGAUUUUUACCAAUGACAGUCAUUUGAAGAAGAAGAUGAUGAUGAUGAUGUUGACGACAAGUAACUGCUGUAUAUCUUGUGGAUCAAAAUAAAUGCGUAUAUUUUUUUCA